AUGUCGAGGGACUUUGCUCGACCAUCACACCCCACAUUACCACACCCAGACGACAGCGCUUCAGAAGUUACACAUGUCGAACCUGAAAAAUUCCAUGCUAUUCGACGCGAACCUACACACGACGGAGAAGAUGUGGUCAACCUUCCAUACCGAACACUAAGCAACGAUGCCAACCUCAACGAAUACACAGAGGAAACCAUCGAUGGCCAUAUAGCGCGAAUUCGAACCAACGCCACGGGUCAGAUCGAACGACAUGAGCUAGUUACUUGGAAGAUCGAUGACCCAGAGAACCCAAAGAAUUGGUCGAAGGCUAAGAAAUGGUGGUGUACAAUGGUUGUGGCACUUACAUGUUUCGUUGUUGCUUUCAACUCCUCCGUCAUCACGGCCGACCUCGAAGGUGUCUCUGAAGAGUUUAACGUCAGUGAAGAAGUCGCACUGCUCACGAUUACAUUGUUUGUCGUCGGCUUCGGUGUUGGUCCAAUGGUCUUUGCUCCAUUCAGCGAAAUCUGGGGGCGCAGAAAAAUAUACGCGAGCACGUUGCUCCUUGCCGUCAUCUUCACCAUACCAGGAGCCCUCGCGAAAAAUAUCGGAACUCUCCUCGUAACCCGCUUCAUCGCUGGUGUAGCCUUCAGCGCGCCAAUGUCUCUCGUCGGUGGAACACUUUCAGACCUGUGGAAGAACGAAGAGCGCGGCGUCCCCAUGGCAGCUUUCUCUGCAGCGCCAUUCAUCGGCCCUGGAGUUGGUCCUCUCGUCGGUGGGUUUCUCGGCGAUGCUGCCGGCUGGCGUUGGUUGUACUGGAUCCAACUCAUCCUGAGCGCCAUCGUCUGGUUCCUUAUCACCUUCACCGUUCCAGAGACCUACACGCCCCAACUCCUCGCACAACGAGCCAAGAAACUACGAAAGGAAACCGGCGACGAUAAAUAUGUCACGGAGCAAGAUCUCGAUCUACGGCCGUUUAGUCAGCGACUGAUGCUUUUCCUCCUCCGACCAUUCCAGCUGCUUUUCCAAGAGCUGAUCGUAUUUUUUAUCUCGCUUUACAUGAGCGUACUCUACGGUUUACUCUAUAUGUUCUUCGUUGCGUACCCCAUCGUGUACCAGAAAGGCAAAGGUUUCUCUGCCAGUACAACUGGUCUGAUGUUCAUACCCCUAAUCGUCGGAGUUUUGCUCAGCGCCGCAUGCUCCCCACUCAUCAACAAGCACUACCUCACCCUCGUAGCCAAGCACAACGGCCACCCACCAGCCGAAACACGCCUCAUCCCCAUGAUGGCCUCCUGCUGGUUCAUCCCAAUCGGACUUUUCAUCUUCGCAUGGUCAUCGUACCCGGAUGUACACUGGGCGGGGCCCAUGAUGGGUGGUCUCCCCGUAGGAUUCGGUUUCAUCUUCCUGUACAACGCAGCGAACAACUACCUCGUCGACUCGUACCAGCACCAAGCCGCAUCCGCACUGGCGGCCAAAACUUUCCUACGCAGCUUUUGGGGCGCGAGUGUCGUGCUGUUCACGAACCAGAUGUACGACCGCUUGGGAUACCAGUGGGCUAGUUCGCUGCUGGCUUUUAUUGCGCUGGCGUGCUGUGGGAUUCCGUUCCUGUUUUACUUCUUUGGUGCGAGUAUUAGGGCUAAGUCGCACUAUGCGUAUAGUGAGGAUGAGGAGAAUAAGGGGACGGAGGAGAAGCAGGGUGCUUAG